GGCCCUUCUGUAGAAUAGAUGAAAAACACAUUUAAAGAACCAAGACAACGCUGAAAAUAUUUUAGCUUGCGCUCUUUUUUAUUCUAAAACAUUUACUUUACGGAAUUCAUUAUUCAAUUAAUUGUGUCCACCUGAGAGUUUUCAUCAAACAGUAAAUGAAUAUUUUAAAAAGGAGUGAACCCUUUUUCAAAUAAAUCCGCGUCGAUGUGUUAGGGGUCACGCCUAACAUAUUAUCUCUCCUCUUCUUUGUGGCAAAUUAUCUAUUAAAAUUUUGAGGCUGGAUGUUUUUCCCGCCCCCACAUCGAAUAAAACAAAAAGUGGAUCAGGCAUAUUUUUGCGGUAUGCAUGGCACGCUUUUUUCACAAAUGGGGUUUUGCAUGUUGAUCAAUCAAUUUCCAUGCAUUUGCAAGUGUCCCGCUUGUUUUAGCUUUCUCUGGAGUUUUACACAAUUCUGACAGUUAUGUUGAGCUGUAUUUUUCUGGAUAGUUUUUUCCCUCCACGUAUAGGAAGCAUGAUUAAGAUCAUAUGUGAUUGAUUGAAGAAGGAACUCUUGCGAAGAAUUUUUUAUUCUAAUAUCUCCAAGUUGCACCAGUUUCUUUUGGGGGUUUCUUUUAUAUUUUUAAUUGUAGUACAGUUAUUUUAAGGUCUCUAUACGUCAAAUAUUAUCUAUAAUUUCAGAAGAUAUUUCUUCGUAGGGAUCAUCUAAAAACUACAAACUGAACUAUUUCCGAAAAUCAAUAGAUAAUAAGGAUGUUUCGUCGUGCUUCCUACCUGCUGAACUUCACAAGGGUCAUUUCGAAAACUUCAUAUGUUUCUAUAUUUCCAAUUCAUCUAGACCCACCUACAUUGCAACAUCGUGAGAUUUUUAAGUUGCUUCUUGGCAUGCAUGAGGAGCCACUAAAUGAACCGAACAUUUCUAAAACUUCCUUAUCCUCAUCCAAUGAAGCGCUUGUCAGAUUAGACGAUACGCUAAAGACAGCAUCCGAAGUCAAUUUACCCUCUGCUGAUUCAAUUUCCCAUUCCCCUUCGCUGCAUUCCUGUUCUGCAAAUGCUAAGAUGAAUGACCCUUCGCAACGGCGACAGCAGCGACAUCGACGCCCGUCCUCCCCCCUCAUGGAGCCCAAGUAUGCGUAUAUGGAACCCUUCGCGAGGAGCAUACGCAAUCACAGUCAGUUAGCCCCCUUUGAGAACCUCAUUUUAGUCCCCAACACGCGCUACCCUAUUAGUCUUGCGCAGUCUACGAACCUUGCGGCCCUGACGGUCCUGGCCGUCCGCGGCCUCCCUCGUGUUCAUGUCGACUUUACCGCCCUAGAGCAUCCGGACGCAGGGAUGCCGAUUAUUUACGACCUCACGCAGCGCUACCCCAAUUGUGUGCUCGUGCAUUGGCUGCACGACGCGUACGAGAUGCAGCGCUGGAAUAACUUCAGCAGUAUCAAGCUCAAGGUACCGCUAAUGUUGCUUAAUACUAUUAGUUUGCCGGUGUCGAUGUCUGUAAAACCAUCGUAUUUGGUGUCCAACGACUAUGAUCGCCGCGAUUGGAUGGAGCGCUGUUUUAACCCUAAAGGGGACGCACGGGGGAGGCAAGUUCGAGACCCCAACACGUGGCCUCCCGACGAAAGUUCUACCAUAGGUCAGGAUCCUAAAGAAGCAUGCGCAUAUAAUGAUAUUGGAAAAACAAAACAGCUGCUUAAAGAAAACAGCACCCUAUCCAGCAACUUGAAGAAUUCUAAAGACAUCGUAGGGAAAGAUAUUGAAAGAAUUCGGACCACGACAAAUAAAAACUCUACAAACCGAGGAGAGUGGUGGCUAACUAAAAGCAACUGCAACGACGAUAAUAUCGAAGUGAGCAAAUCGUAUUAUAACUCUGGGAGCUUUUCGUGGCUUGGGGUUACUCACCAUAUGAACUCGAUGGUCGGUUGGGAUAAUAUUGAUAUGGUAAACAUCGAUCCCCAUUACUACACAUAUGGCCCGUAUAGUUGUGAACACGGCAUUCUCAAAUCGGCAACGAAUUCUUCGCAUCUGAAGAGUCAUAAAGGUCCGAAUAUACGUGAUAAUAGGGAAAUUAACUCUGUCGUAGGACGAAAGGACAUUCUUAUCUCAUCGGACGGAUUUGUUAAAAUUGUCGACGAGGAUUUCAAAAUAAACAAUAGAGGUGCUUCACACGCGGCUGUUUCUACCAGUAAAGACACAGUUGAGGAAAACACUACCGAUAACCGAGAAGAGAACCUCGGUGCAAGUGUUUGGGAUUUGAUUCUUCUCAAAAUACCUUCUUCAUCUUUAACUUCUUCAACACCAACGUUUUCAGCACUGAAAGAGCUGGAGCAGGUAAAGCGUGGGCUUAGAGACAUACUCUCUGCUUUAGUGCUUUCAUCUUCGCCAGAAAAAUUUCAACUUUUUGAGGAAUCGAAUGUAACUAAAAUGCGUGGUAUACUGAAAUACCAAAAUGCGUCCAGUACAGCAAAUGAAGGGGCUCAACUCAUGGAAACCAAUGGAUGGGAUGCACUUGGAGAUAACAAGAGCAGUGAACAUCAUGAAAGACCAGAGCAGUUGCGUCUUGUCCCCUUUCAGAAUGCACAGCGUAAUGUGCGCGAACUGUUGGAGGAUAUAUACCAACCAUUGAACUAUCACCAGAGUUAUAACCAUGCCAUGGUCACGUCUCCCACUGGCCCUUGCACGCAACCGCAGCAGCCGGUAGGUUCACGGAAAAGUGAUACUCAUCCAUGCGACGGCAAUUCCGCAGCGAAAGGGAAUCUAUUUACUGAUUUCGAAACGAGUGAAUCAACGCAGAUGGACCAUUCACGGGUAUCUGAGGAGGAGUUCGCAGGGGGCCCAAUUGACCCAAGUAGCGCCAACCGCAUUAUAUGUGGUCAUGAUACCCUUUCAUCCACGGUCGUAUCGCAGAGGUUACCCGUGGUUGAAGUGCACUCAGUCAUCCGCACCACUGGGGCUGAUGUCCGUCAAUCGUUAUGGGGGCAAGAAAUUAAUCCCAUUCAUAUACUUUCAGAUUGUGUCUUGCGGUAUAUAGAUAGCUACAUGUUAUACAGGGAUCCUCGAAAAAGCAAGGCAAAUGUUGACCUCAGGCAGUCUCAGCCAGGGCUUCCGUCCCUCGACUUUAUUGGUACCUCCCCUGCUGCCAGGUCUAAGCACAUGGGGAGCAGUGAUGUACGAUCGGUCGGUGGGACUAGGCGACUUCCUCUAUCUAAAACUGGUAGUUGUCUAUACUCUUCGCACCGCAACUCCACGAAGAUAUUUUUUGAGAACAUUAUACCCCGCUUAGAACUACACUACGACAAGAAUAACCCGAUUGCCCGUGAUAAAUAUGAUGCAUUAAAGAUUUUUCAGGUCCUUAAGGGUGAAGAGCCGGAUCUUAUUGUGCCGAUUGGCGGUGAUGGCUAUAUGAUGCAUUGCAUUCGGAAAAAUUGGCGACGAUUUAUUCCCUUUUACGGCGUCAACGCCGGACACGUAGGACAUCUCCUUAACGACUGUUCCGCUCUUGAAGACCUUUUCUCAUCCCCGUUAAUGAUGAACAGCACGAACAUGCUUUACUGUCAAGCCGAGAGAGAAACGAAAGAUUCGGAGCACAUAUUGCUUUCAGAGAUGGCUUUCAAUGACGCUUGGGUCGAGCGCUCGUCUGGGCAGUCUGCUUUCAUUCGUAUCCUUGUGAACGGUGAGGAGCGGAUUAAGGGACUUCGUGCGGAUGGGGUCUUAGUCUCCACAGCGGCGGGAAGCACAGCUUAUAGUAGCGCAGUCGGAGCCUCCCCGAUUCCUGUUGGUUCACCGUUGAUUCAAGUGGUAGGUAGCAAUGUUGUAGCGCCCUCGCACUGGCGACCUGUUCACUUGAACCAAGAGGAUGUAGUGGAGUUUGAGGUACUUGAUCACGUUAAGCGCCCAUGUCGUUGUUUUGUGGAUUCUGUGAAUUUGGGUAACAUACUCCGCAUGCAGGUACGCUCCAGCCGAGUUGCUGGAGUGACACUCGCCUUUUCAAAUAGCUGUGAUCUUCAGGAAAAGCUCUUCCAAAUGCAAUUCCCUAAAAUAGACUAA